CAUUGGGAGUAUUCAUUGCUGCCUUCGACAAAUAAUUGACAAUGAAGAAAUUAAAACUGGAGGAUUGGAUAUGAUAUAUUCCAAGGUCUAUACAUUAUUAUAGGUCAGUCUGUCCAUGUGUACUUUGACAACUCUCCUCUUGACAGUCGGCGAGAACAAGGAUUCGUAAAAAAUCCUCAGCAACCAUAGCUGCCCUGCUGACAUUCUCUGUAUAAAUACUCAACUAUCACGGCGACCCAACAUCAGAGCUUAAACCCCACCUUUAGUCCAGCUUCUACGCCAGGAUGUAAAAGCAGCACCAUCGCAAACUGUCACCUCAUAGUCACCUCACAAACCCACAAUACUCAGAGGUGAAUGAAGCCAAUUGACUCAAAGUCUCUAUCAAACUAGUAACAAAAUCUUAAUUAAUCCUCUCAGCAAACGAAAGCAUUUUCAUGAAUUAAACUUAUGCUACAGCAGUAUAGCAGUGUACAAAUUGCAGCUAGACCAAUGUUUAUUAGACUGUCGGAGAAGAACGACAGUUCAUACAAAUCUUGCCCAACACACUCGCGAUCAGCUGAUGAAGGGUUUGAAGGACGACUCCCAAUAAUCAAUCAUUUAAAAUCGACAUCCUCGCAUAAAUCCGAUGUUCAUUCGACAGAUGUUCAGUUUUGCUAAGCGACUGAGUUGCUACUAUCUAGCAGAAGGUUAGAAGAAGGAGUAACUUAUAGUGUAUUUCAAUUAUAGUUGCAUUCUCCAGUUCAAGGAAAAUUCAUUGAUCAACACAGAACAAAGCCCAGUUCUUGAGAAUUGUUGAUUAGAUUAAAUGGCUUGGGUGAUCAUUGCUUACACCAAAACAAUCGUCUCUUGUACGAUCGUGACUUACUCUCAUAUUUUAUAACCGUUCAAUCGUACAAUCAUUUGUUGUGUCAAUAACGGCAAGGGCUCGCCAAUGAAAGGGUCUGCUGAGGGAUUAUCUUAGACGAAAUGGUAUAAAAGAACAUGAGAGUGAUCUUGCUUGGGAAGAUCUCGUCUGUAACUCUCCCAGCAAAGACGCUAUCAGUGCAUUUCAGUGCAGAUUGCAAACCGGACAAAUUACUACGAACGAUCGUGUGUGCUUGUAUGCAGUUAUCGCUUGAAGAUGCGGUGGCAAGUUGGUGCUUUCUUCAUUCUGCUAGUUACCUUCGGAGAUCCUGCGAAGGGCCAUGCUAUUAAAGGAAUAGAGUCCGACGAGAGUUGGGAUACACCCAACUCAAACGCAAACACAUCUCCAAACGCUAGCUGUACCGGCGAGUGCGUGCCGUACUAUCUUUGCAAAGACAGCAAGAUCAUCAAGAACGGUAGAGGUGUGAUAGAUAUUCGAGUUAAUGCUGAACCUGAAUGCCCUCACUAUUUGGAAACAUGCUGUAAUGCACGCUCCGUGCUAGAUAGUCCUCCACCGGGCGUAAUCAAACCAUCGGGACGCACCGAGCAGGUCCGUCCGACCUGUGGUGUGCGCAAUAAAAAUGGGCUCGGUUUUAGCGUGACCGGUGUCAAGGACGGUGAAUCACAUUACGGUGAGUUCCCUUGGAUGGUGGCCGUAAUGCUAUCAAGUCCAAUGGACAAUAGCGACAGUAUCUUGAAUGUAUACCAGUGCGGUGGUUCAGUGAUCGCUCCGAACGUUGUCCUGACGGCGGCACACUGUGUGUUUAACAAGCCGAAAACGCAGCUGCUGCUUCGGGCCGGCGAAUGGGACACACAAACAGAACAUGAGCUAUACAUGCACCAGAACCGUCGAGUGGCUGAGGUCAUCUUACAUGAGGCGUUUGACAACGAAUCAUUGGCGAACGAUGUGGCACUGCUAACCCUCGCCGAGCCGUUCCAGCUGGGAGAAAACGUGCAGCCGAUCUGUCUGCCGCCGAGUGGAACAUCGUUCGACUAUCAGCACUGUUUCGCUUCCGGCUGGGGUAAGGAUCAGUUUGGCAAGGAGGGCAAGUACCAGGUGAUACUGAAGAAGGUCGAGCUGCCGGUCGUACCGCACGCCAAAUGUCAAGAGACAAUGCGAUCUCAACGGGUUGGCAAUUGGUUUGUGCUGGACCAGAGCUUCCUGUGUGCCGGUGGCGUGGCCGGGCAGGAUAUGUGCCGUGGUGAUGGAGGCUCUCCGCUGGUGUGCCCGAUUCCGGGAUCGCCCACCCACUACUAUCAGGCGGGCAUCGUGGCGUGGGGACUCGGGUGCGGCGAGGAUGGGAUCCCCGGCGUGUACGGCGAUGUGGCGUUCCUGCGCGAUUGGAUCGAUCAGCAGUUGGUUGAGAAUAGUAUUCUAGCACGGGAUUACUACACAUUCCAAGCUCAAUAA